CGCAACAUUGCAAGCCGUGCCUUUAAAAAAAACAAUUAAAAAGGGAUAUAAUUGUAGUUUCUGUCAUUAAACUAUUUAUCACAUCUUAAACUCAGUGAAGGAUAAGGUAUACCACUUCGACACCUAUGUUAUUACGUUAUAAUGAUCCCUACCGUUUCCCCGCAUAUCAAUAUAUUUCGUGUCACGGCUUCAUCCAAUAACUCAUGCCUGUGAAUAACCCGCCUCCCUGCGCUUUAAAAUAGAUGGUGCAAGUGAAAAUGUCCAAAUCUUCCGCAGAUCCCCUGUCUGGUGCUGAAAGUGGUUCUCAAGCACAUUAUUUCCAGCUUCCCAGGAAGUUGCCCAAACGCAAGAGCCGCUUCAAACGCUCGGAUGGCAGCACGUCCUCAGAUACCACCUCCAGUUUCAUCAAGAGACAGCCGGAAAGAGGAACAGAUCCACGAGCCGCCCCCCCCCGCUUGGGGCUCAGCCGAUUCGUACACAAGUAGACCCUCGGAUUCCGACCUGUCCGCAGAGGAGGACCGCGAGGCGUAUCGGCGUGAAGCCGAGCGCCAGGCCCAGCUGCAACUCGAAAGGGCAAAGACCAAGCCGGUAGCAUUCGCGGUGAAAACAAACGUCAACUACUGCGGGGCCCUAGAUGAAGAUUGUCCUGUUCAGGGUGCUGCUAUCAACUUCGAAGCCAAAGACUUUUUACACAUUAAAGAGAAAUAUAACAAUGACUGGUGGAUCGGGAGGCUAGUGAAAGAGGGGGCGGACAUCGCCUUCAUCCCCAGCCCCCUCCGACUGGAAGCCAUGCGGCUCAAGCAGGAGCAGAAACAGCAGAGGAAAACUGGAGGGAAUUCGUCCUCCAGCCUGGGUGACAUGGUGUCUGGUGGGUGGAGGUCCACGCCCCCUUCUGCAGCCAAACAGAAGCAAAAGCAGGCGGAGCAUGUCCCCCCCUAUGAUGUGGUCCCAUCCAUGAGGCCUGUCGUUCUAGUUGGCCCUUCACUGAAAGGUUACGAGGUAACAGACAUGAUGCAGAAGGCGCUCUUUGACUUCCUGAAGCACAGGUUUGAUGGGAGGAUCUCCAUCACAAGGGUGACUGCUGAUCUGUCGUUGGCCAAGAGGUCUGUCCUCAACAAGAGGGCCAUCAUGGAGAGAUCUAACACGCGUUCCAGUUUAGCGGAGGUCCAGAGUGAAAUCGAGAGGAUCUUCGAGCUGGCCAAGACCCUGCAGUUAGUGGUUCUGGACGCGGAUACCAUCAACCACCCAGCGCAGCUCGCCAAAACCUCGUUGGCCCCCAUCAUCGUUUAUGUCAAGGUCUCCUCGCCAAAGGUCUUACAGAGGCUGAUCAAGUCUCGGGGGAAAUCUCAAAGCAAGCACCUGAACGUACAGAUGAUGGCCGGAGACAAGCUGGCCCAGUGCCCCCCCGAGAUGUUUGAUGUCAUCCUUGAUGAGAACCAGCUGGAGGACGCGUGCGAACACCUGGCCGAAUACCUGGAGGUGUACUGGCGUGCCACUCACAUGCCUGGCUCUGGCCCCAUGAACCCUCUCCUGGAACAAAGUCUCAUGACCCCGCCCUCAGCCGUCUCCAGCCUGCAGGAUCAGCAGCUGCUCUCCGGGGGGGAGGUGGGAGGUGCCGACGAGGACGACGUGGCCGAGCCCCACUCACCCGUGGAACAGGACAGCCUCAUGCCCUCCGACGAGGCCAGCGACUCUCUGUCCCGUGGCAGGAGGGGGGGCUCGCGUCGCCUCUGCCCUGAGGAGGAAGAUGAGGAGGAGGAAGAGGAGGAGGAGGAAGAGGAGGAGGAAGAGGAGUACGAGCCCCCCCGCCAUGCUCACACUUACCGCGACAUGUACCCGCCUCACCGCAGCCACCCAGCUGGCGUGCACAGCGCCAAUGGGCACGAAUCCCAGGACCGCCUGCUGCAACGUGAAGCCCAGGGAAGCCACAACCUGCGCAACAGCCGACAGCGUGCCCGGCCCUGGCCGAGGGACCACUACUGAGACUGGGGGUGGGGGCUUGAGGAUGUCAGGGGGCGGGGCUUUGUGGCGGGGAUGGGCUACGAUUUGUGCACGUGGGACAGGUGACCUAGACCGACAG